CGCCCUGCAAAGACCUCAGGAAGUAGGAAGGGGAAGGCGGUGGGUCUCCAUUGCAUGCGACCCCAGUCUAACCUCCAGGCCCUGAGGUCCUCCCAGGAGCCAUGGAUGCUGUAGAACUGGCCAGAAAGCUGCAAGAGGAAGCCACAUGCUCCAUCUGCCUUGACUAUUUCACGGACCCCGUGAUGACUGCCUGUGGCCACAACUUCUGCCGCACCUGCAUCCAGACAAACUGGGAGAAGGCAAAAGGCAAGAAAGGGAGGAGGAGGCAGAAGGGAUUCUUCUCCUGCCCAGAGUGCAGGGAGAUGUCACCCCAGCAGAACCUGCGGCCCAACCGUUUGCUGACCAAGGUGGCAGAGAUGGCACGGCAACACCAUGGGCUGCAGGAGCGGGACCUGUGCCCAGCGCACCAGGAGCCCAUCAAGCUGUUCUGCCUGGAGGACCAGAGCCCCAUCUGCGUCGUGUGCAGGGAGGCGCAGGAACACCGGGAGCACAGGGUGCUGCCUGUGGAGGAAGCCCUGCGGGAGUACAAGUCGAAGCUGGAGGAAGACAUAAGGUACCUGCGGGAGGAGGUGAGGAAGACGGAGAAGCUGCAAGCCAAGGAGGAGCAGACCUUAGCCCAGUGGCAGGACAGAGUGAAGGUCCGGAGGGAGAGGAUCAUGAUGGAGUUCGAGAAGGUGGUCCUGUUCCUGGCAGAGGAGGAGCAGAGACUCCUCCAGGCCUUAAAGAGGGAAGAGGAGGAGACAGCGGUGCAGCUUCGAGACAGCAAGACCUCCCUGGACCAGCAGCACCGCUCCCUGGACUUGCUGCUGCUACAGCUGGAGGACCGAAGCCUGCGAGAGCCUCCACAGAUGUUGCAGGAUAUGAAGGACACCCUGGCCAGGAAGCGCAGCCUGAGUGUGCAGUGCCAAGAGGUGGCCGUCCCCACGGUGUUCAGGACGGUGUGCAGGGUUCCUGGGCAGAGAGAUGUGCUUAGAGGCUUUCAAGAGGAAGUACUGCCAGACCCCACCUCGGCGUACCCCUACCUCCUCCUGUAUGAGAGCCGCCAACGGCGCUACCUCAGUCCCCUGCCUGAGGGCAGCACCGCAUCUUGUGGCAGGGACCGGUUCCUGGCCUACCCCUGCGCUGUGGGCCAGCAGAGCUUCACCUCAGGGAGACACUACUGGGAAGUAGGCAUGAACCUCCUUGGGGAUGCACUCUGGGCCCUGGGUGUGUGCAGAGACAACGUGAACCGGAAGGACAGAGUGCCCAAGUCCCCCGAAAAUGGGUUCUGGGUGAUACAGCUGUCCAAGGGGAAGCAGCCACUGCCCUUCAUACCCACCGCCAUGCCCAUCACGCUGACCGAGCCUCCCAGCCACAUUGGCGUCUUUCUGGACUUCGAGGCCGGCGAGGUAUCCUUCUACAGUGUGAACGACGGGUGCCACUUGCACACUUACUCCCAGGCUGCCUUCCCUGGGCCCCUGCAGCCCUUCUUCUGCCUGGGGACACCCAAGUCGGGCCAGAUGGUCAUCUCCACAGUGACUAUGUGGGUGAAGGGGUAG